AUGAUAUUUGCCCAUUUCCGAUCGUCGCGGGUUUGAAUUUGGCAUAAAGCUCUCAAAGACGAGGUUUAAAGAAUGAGUUGGCCUCCUCUUUGAAUAGAAUAUCUCCUUCUUGUGAUAUCCGAGCACUAGCUCAUGUAUUUCACUACUUUGUUCUUCAUUCUGCACUCGAUAAUCACCUCCAUACCGUGCAACCUUCAAUAAGUCCAAAUUCCCAAGAUUUGUACUAGUACUCGAACACUAAUGCUCAGAAUUCGCGGGAUAACUACAUAAAUCACCUGUUACGAAUGGGACAGCGCUCUCAACAUGUCCGGACGGAGCACCUCCUCCAACCGCCUAGGGCCACACGCGUUCCCGCAAUCAUUUGCUGAUGACCGUUCACGACAGCAUAAUGGACAGAAUUUCUUCCCAGAUGUUCGCGAAGAUGGCAGGACGGCCGCGCCGAUGCUGCUUUGCGCGGGCUCAGCUGCGAGACAGCGGCAUUCCGCAACCAUAGAAUACACCCCAAGGGAGUACUCGAAUAUGGGUAAUUCAAGCUGCGGCGGACAGCAAAACUUUGGCGCUGUUUCAUCUGCCCCAGCUUUAAGCCGUAAUGCGUCACAACGUGGCCAUGCCGAAGGACAAGGACAGCAAACUGAUCGACCUACCAUGAACUCCGGGCAAUCAGCUGCAGUGGCCUUAACAGAUCCCAUGUUAAGGACUGUAUACGAAGCGCACGAAAUUGUAAGCUCUCAGUAUCUCCAUAACCAGGUUAUGCGAGAAGAAGAUCAGAAUGAGUCCAGGACUUCAGAAUCAAGUUCACAUUUGAACCAGCAAGGUUUUGUCAGCUCCUCAGUUGUCCAUCAUCCAUGGGCGAAGUAUCGAAGAACGAUACCUGCUGCAGGUACAGAAGAGGACGCUGAGAAGUGUGCCGUCGUUGUGCCUGUGGCCUACAAGCAGCGAGAUCGUGGAGAAGCAGGAAGGCUGAGAGAAGAGGAAGGAACAAGAAGGAACAAAGAUAAGAGGCAAAUGAAUGUAGAAGGUUUGCAUAGGAAUUUGAUAUCAAACGAGGAGGAUAGGGGUAUAAACCAGACAAAGAAAUCGCCGGCCAGGCCAAGCCUUGACCGCAAGGCCGUCAUGGAAACUAUGGCAGCAGAUGGAGCAAACUACGAGCAAGCUAUCGACUCGACGAAGGGCGCCUGUAAUGUGAGCGAUGCUGGGACGCGACCUAGGCGGCCUAUGGCAAUCAUGAAUCAAAUGGAAAACGCUCAGCCUGACCUUUAUGCGCACGUGUGGGAAGGAAAAAUGCAAGAACAUCUUAUUACGACCGCUAGAGAUGCUUUGGCAGCCGUAGAUGCACCAUCAGAAGAUGUCUCCGCAAUAUCGUCUGAGCAGAAGCGAUUGAGAACCUCCAAUAAGUCCACAGAUGCAAGUUUUACAGACGACGAGUCUCAAAUAUGUAGACCUGAUUUUCCUCGCCCCAUGGCUGCGAUGGAACAACUUAAGACCGCGCAUCCGUCAAUAUCUUCUGCGUCAACGGUUUCGGGCGUAUCAUCGACAGGGCAGGUGGAAUUUGCGCAAUCAAAAGAGAGCACAUACUCAAGGGGCGUAAUGUGGCGACCUGAGGAGCUACAUGAACUUUCAUUUGCGGCUGCGACAUGCCUGCGCACAUUCCCCGGCAACAAUGGAAAAUCGAUCACAGCUGCUCGGAUUGCAGACAUCCUAAAACAUAGCCCAGUCUACACUGAUUUCUGUAGAAUGCUAGAGCGUGACAGAAUCAUAUUCGAUCGAGCGGCCCUAGCAAGAACUUUGCGCCUAACUGCCCGAGAGAUGGAUACGAGAAUGAAAGCAGCGUCGACAGGAUUCUCGCAGUUGCCUAAUGGCCUUCCUCUUCAAAUGUCCUCAGUUGCUCUCCCGUCCAGUUCUGUGAUACCUGAGCCAGCCAUCUGCCCAGCAGCUGCCCCCAUAAUGAAAGCAUCAACUUCUCAGCCUCUCACUCCGUUUUCAUUAGAGAAAAAUGCACUAGAUGCUGCAAGCUAUGAAGAUCCGAUUGACUCGACGGGACAAGUAAUUGUACCUUCUGGGGUGGCUAGAUCAACGCAGGUGGAAGCGGAACUGAGUCACAAGACCGCAGAUAUCAGGAAUGCGAAAUUGCAGGAAGCACCAUCAGAUCAUCCGUCAGAGAUGUCUCGAUCAACUUCAAAAGCAGAGGCUGCACGAAAGAGAAAGUUUGUCGAACUUGAUGUUCCAAGAUUCUCAAACGGCGACAUGCCUCCCUCAAAACAGAUUAUCAAUACUCCUCCAUCUACCAUGCAAACAAGCCAAGACUGCUACUCAGGCUCAGAAUUCUUGCCAAACUUUGCGUGUUUUCCUGGUCCGCAUUCUCGAAGGCCGGUUCAUCGCCUUGGGUCAGAGCCCCCGUACUUUGAAGGACAAAGAAUAGCAUCCUUCACACACAAAGUCAAUGCUAUGGAACUGGCUAAACCAAUCAAGAGCGAAACUGCCCUACGCCGAUUUCGUUAUGAUAUUCGCACCCUGGCGCGGGACGUACUGCUUGCCGCCGGUAAACAUCCUCAUCUAAUGUCACUCAAUGCUCACCUUGAACCUCUUCGCGGCGCGUUCGGGAAUGCCGUAAACCUGAAUUCCGAUCUUUCCACCUUGCGUUGGGAUAUUCUCGAUCCUGGUGAGCCUGUUCCGGAAGCUCUGGCUUGUGCGGUUCAUGAAGACAAAGAUUCAGUCAUUGAUGACGCUGAUGAUGAAAAUGAGGAACUCCAUCAUUUCGCCGUCAGAACGUCUUCAAGCUCUCAUCACGCGGCAAAUUCUAUUGCUGUAGCCGAAGGGAGCCUGUCAGGCGAUGUUCAGUCCAUAGAAGUGUCUCCCACAGAUAGUACCUUCGGUCUUGGAAAAUUCAUGAGUUCUCGCGGCCGUGGUAGGUCUCGCGGCUGUCCACGUCCCAUAGGAUUGAGUAGUGGCAACCCUCGGACUCCGGUUGCCAACCAACCUGGAACUCCUUCCUCUACGGUUCGUCCUGUAGCGGGAACACCCGCAGCAGGUACUGGAUAUUCAGGGUUUCCACGCGAAAUUCUUCCCGAUGGCACAAAAAAACGUGGCCGACCUGUAGGUUGGCGCAAGAGCAUUCAUGGGCGUAAUCGAGGAACAGCAAGCAACGCCCCUUCGUCACAGAAUGCAAAGCCUACGACGAGCCCAGCAAGAGAACCGAAAUUCCCAAUAUUUUCGUGUGGCUGGAAGAAUUGCACAGCACAGCUGCACAACCUCGCGACGCUACGACGACACGUAAAGAAAAAGCAUGACGGGCCAGAUGAUCAAGGUAAAUUCACAUGUCUAUGGUUGAAUUGUGGCCAAGAAAUAUUGCGUAUCGACGAAGCAGGUGAUGUUAUUGAGAUGAUACAGCCUUAUGAUUACCCAGACGUCACUGGCUUAAUGGAUCAUGUGGACCAGUUGCAUAUUAUGCCUAUUGCCUUCAGGCUUGGUGAUGGUCCUCCCGGAGGUUUUUCUGACUCAAAUGCAAGUGAGGUAGAACCGUACCUCUCGGAUAGACACGGUAGACGUGUUACACCGACGAUUCCAGCUGCAACGGGUCCUGAGUCCGGUCCUGCCCAACAAUCAGGACAAGGCGGCAGGCAACCAAAGAAAAGUGAUGAGGAGAAGGCUAGGGAGAGUAUGGCAGAACUUGCUAAAAGGAAGCGUGAAAUAGGCCUCGGCGUUGAUAGAGGAGGGGCAACUUUCGCUAACGAGAAGAGACGCGCGGGCUUCAUUGACGACGAAGAUGUAAACGAGGUUCUGCUAGACCAAAGUGAUUAAAUCUAGAGUUUGAUGGAGACACACUGUUCAAACAGAAGUAGAAAGAUUGACCGCCAUAGGCGGGAUUCAAAUCGUGAAGCGGAUAGGCACGCUUACCUGAACUGCACAAAAUCAAAUGUAUCGACCUGGUUUGAA